AAAAGUUGCGAUGUUCUUGAGGCCUAUGAAAUUCUCAAGAUUAAUGAGAUUUUGCCAAGGUGCUAUGAAUUUUUGGAGGAACUACCCUUUGCACAUGGUGCCUUGACCGAGCAGGGAAAAUCCAGUCUCAGAGAGGGUGUCGAAAAAAUGAAAAAUCCAAUAGGCUCCGUUGCACUUUACACGUGUAAGCCAAACACCAUUCUUCUCGGUUCAAAACCGGGAAAGUUGUUUGUGGUUGACACGCGUUCUGUGCCGUCUUCAGCUGGUGGUAAAGAUACUGCAAUUGUAAAGUUUUUAGAAGAUGGAGAAAAGCAAUCAGGUACUCAAUCCGCCGGUUCUUGGCUAUGGAAAGAAUUGAAAGCGCUGGAAUUACAACCUCGUGUGCACAAUCACUGGCUAUUAUGAAAAAAUCUAAUUUUUCCACCUCAAGUUAUCCAAAUACUGGAACUGAUCAAUUAGAAGUCGAAAUUGAUGAGGAGGAAAACGGCAAUCACCCACCAAUUAACAUGAGAUCAAAGCGUCUUAUUUUCAUCUUUGUUGCUAUUUUUUUUCUGUUUGCCAUGUUUGGGGAGCUGCGACAUUUUCGUAAAAGCUUCAAAAUCGAUAACACUGGCCAUCUGAUCAGAAGCAUAUUCAACACAACACGAGAAAGUAAAGAAUUAAAAAUUGAAACAACUGAAGUAAUAUUACAAAAUCCCAAGAUAGUUUUGUUGUUUUGGUCUACCAUAUUUGGCACACCAGCAAAAAAGGACGAAGGUGUUUGGGAAAAAGGAAAAGAAAAAGGACAAUGCCCGAUCGCGUGUGAAGUUACAAUUAAUCGUUCGCGUAUUAAUGAAGCUGAAGGCUUUAUUGUUCAUGCUUGGGAUUCGCAUCCUUUACCUCCAAUAAAGAACAAGCCUUGGCUUCUCUGGACUCAAGAAAACCCAGUUUUUGUGCCAGUUUUAUCAAACCCAGAGUACAUGUCGCAGUUUCAACUAUUUUCAAGCUAUCGAUUGGACUCGGAUAUUCCCUGUCCCCUGUUUACAAAGCCAAGUCUUGAUCCACCAAUAGAAUUUGAAAAAAAGUAUGGUGGAGUUAUGGCUGCUUUUUCAAACUGCGAACCAGUUAGAACUGCCUACUUGAAAGAACUUAUGAAGUAUAUACACGUGGACUCUUACGGGGGCUGCGUUCACAAUAAAGACGGUUUACCAUUUCGCUACCAAGGUAAUUUUAAGAAAAAAAAGGAAGAGCUAGAGAAGUUUUAUAAAUUUGUGAUAGUAUUUUUCAACGAGGAUUGCGAUUAUUUUGUUGAUGAUCAAAUUCUUCACGCUUUAAAUGCUGGUGCUGUUCCAGUUGUUAUGAGUACAGAUAAAAUUUACGAGUUUUUGCCUGGAAAUUUAGAAAAAGCUAUAAUAAAUGUACGAGACUUUGAAUCUCCCGAAGAUUUGGCCAACUCGUUAAAGUUUUUAAUGAAUGACAAAAAGGAAUACGAAAAAUUUCUUGAGUGGAAGUUCAAAGGUCUUGGUUCAAUUGAUGAGACAGCUAUUGGGAAAUACUGGAAUGAUAAAUUUGGACUUUGGUGUAACGUGUGCUUGGCAAUUUCUGAAGGAAGAGUACAUAAGGAUGGACUUAUGGUUGACAAUUGCAAACCACGAGAUUUCAGAGAUUGGGGGAUAAUGCCAUAACCGCAUUUGAAGAAAAAUAAAAAUCAAUUCUUUGUACUAAAAGAUCAAAAGGGGCGGCAAUUUAAUGCUGAACAACUCUACUGUAGGUUUACAAACAAUAUUUUGUUGUAAUAUAUUAGAGCUCUUCGGGUGAAAGAUUUUCUGAUCAACAUACCAUACAAGCUCAUAUCAGCUUGUCAAACACAAAUUACAUUAAUAAAAUAAAUCUUUACAAACUUUUGGAAGAGUAAAAAAUGCAGAAAUUAAACCUUUGUAAGCACAAGA